AUGUCUCAUGAUAAGUCACCGUUCCUGGAUCAGAACCAUUUUUCCGUUAGUGAAAUAGCGGAUCAAACUACUUCCACUGCCGAUGACUCCACACAAUACUACCAAAACAACCACUCGGUGGAGGACCACCACCCAAGCACGAGUCAGGGUUCUAGGCAACCAGCCUCCCCCGCAGAUCAGUCGUUUAAUUCUUACACAGAGGCUUCGGAUAAUGAGUCCUUUGCCAGUGCAUUGCCUACUCCCAACUUAAACGUGGAUAGUAAGCGGUUUGAUUUCAAACCCGUAGGAAACGGACAUAAGCCAAAUGCUUUAAGAUUUCAAAUGCCUGAAGCAAAUAAUGGACACAAUGAUAGCCAGCCAAUAACUUCUAAUUCCUCGAGUACCAGAAUAAGUCUGAGUGGGCUGAUCACCAAGAGUAAGAUAAGCUCGCCUUUUAUGGACAGCAAUACCAUAGUGGAAGAUCAAGAAUAUGGCUUUUCCAAGCCUCAAUCGCCGUUUAUAGAGAUGGAGGAAGAUCAACAACAGCAAGUUAGAUUUGGGGGAAUCCAGGAUGAUCUUGACGAAAGCAUCAUUGGAGAAGACGAAGAGACAAUGCAGAGACAUAGAUGGGGGACUACAAGAAACAAGAAAGGUAGGCCCAAAAAGGAGAAUAUUAAUAGAUCAAAAACAUUGAAGGGUUUGUUACAUAGCGGAGGUUCGAAAAGGAAGGGCACUGCUUCUUCUUCAGCCAAUGCAUCAAGAAACAAUUCUAUAAGGAAACCGAAGACAAACACAUCCUCAGACGAUGAUGACGACGACGAAGAAGAAAAGAUAGAAGAAGAAAUCCGCGAGGCAAACGACAAAAGACACGAAAAGAGAGUAGUGGUACUUAAUAGAACGUUGCCGGAAGAAUUCCUUAAUCCGGAGACAGGUUUGCCCGCAACUGUGUAUGCAAGGAAUAAAAUCAGAACUACCAAGUACACACCAUUGUCGUUCUUACCCAAGAAUAUAUUCAACCAAUUCUACCACAAUAUUGCUAAUAUUUAUUUCUUGGCUAUGAUUAUACUUGGAUUUUUUUCAAUCUUCGGGGUCCCAAGUCCUGUUUUAUCGGCAGUUCCCCUUAUCUGUAUUGUCAUCAUUACUGCCAUCAAGGAUGCCAUUGAAGAUUCUAGAAGAACGAUUUCUGAUAUGGAAGUUAAUAACCAAUAUACUCAUAUCUUGGUGAACAACAAUGAGUAUGUUGAAGAUGGAAAUGGAGAUGGUAUAAAUACUAGGUCAGUGGGAAGAUAUGAAAAUAACAAUGUGUAUGACGAAAAAAUCUCUCUCUGGAGAAAGUUUAAAAAGUGGAAUACAAAACUAUUAUUCAAAUUCAUUGAAUCUGUCAAAAGAAAUCUUACUAAAGAAGGCAGAGCAAAAAAAUUAAGAGAGAGUAACAAUGCUCAUAUCGAUAACGCUGUUAACAGAAACAGUUUCGACAGUACUAUUGAGAGGACAACUACGAGAAACAGUCAAAAUCCUUUUGAUAACCGUAAGUCUAUGCAAUCUAGAAGAUCAUUGAAUUUGAGAAAGUCUAUCGGAGGUAAGAAGGAAUUGAAAUUUGCCAGAAAGUUUUGGAAAGAUGUCUCUGUAGGUGAUGUCGUAAGAUUAUACAACAACGACGAAAUUCCUGCUGAUGUCGUCAUUUUGUCUACAAGUGAUGACGAUAAUUGUUGUUAUGUAGAAACCAAAAAUUUGGAUGGUGAAACAAACUUGAAGGUUAGACAAGCACUAAAAUAUGGAUCGAACAUCAAAAGAGCUGACGAUAUUUUAAAUCACGACUUUGAAAUUAACAGUGAAGGCCCACAUGCUAAUUUGUACUCGUACCAGGCUAACUUAAGUUAUAAAGAAGAACAGAAACCUGGAGCUGACAGUAGCAGCGAUGAAGAUUCCUCCAACUCACAAGAACCAAUUACCAUUAACAAUAUUUUGUUAAGAGGAUGCUUUCUAAGAAAUACAAAGUGGGUCAUAGGAAUUGUCGUAUUCACUGGUGAUGAUACCAAGAUUAUGAUUAAUGCUGGGGUCACACCCACAAAGCAAUCAAGAAUCUCAAGAGAAUUGAAUCAUUACGUUUUCCUCAAUUUCAUUUUAGUAUUCAUUAUUUGCUUUAUAUCUGGGCUUGUGAAUGGUAUAUAUUACACAAAAAAUCCUAGCUCAAGGGACUAUUUUGAAUUUGGUACCAUCGCCGGAGCCCCAUGGAAAAAUGGUUUACUUGGUUUCUUCGUUGCCCUUAUUUUAUAUCAAUCAUUGAUCCCUAUUUCAUUGUAUAUUACUAUUGAAAUCAUUAAAACUGCUCAAGCAUUUUUCAUUUUCAGUGACGUUGGGAUGUACUAUGAGCGAUUGGAUUUCCCUUGUACUCCGAAGUCUUGGAGUAUUUCUGAUGAUUUGGGCCAAAUUGAAUAUAUUUUUAGUGACAAAACUGGUACUUUAACUCAAAAUGUCAUGGAGUUCAAGAAAUGUACUAUUAAUGGAAUUUCAUAUGGUAAGGCCUACACGGAAGCAUUAGCAGGAUUAAGAAAAAGACAAGGUAUAGAUGUUGAAGCUGAAUCUGUGAGAGAAAGAGCAUUAAUUGUCAAGGACCAAGCCGAAAUGAUUGAGAAAUUAAAUAACAUCCACAACAAUACAUUAUAUGAUGAUGAAUUAACAUUCGUGUCUUCCGAAUUUGUGGAUCACUUAACUGGGUCUGCUGGCCUUGAGCAAAAGGAUAGCAACGAACAUUUCAUGUUAUGCCUAGCGUUAUGCCAUUCUGUGGUAACUGAGGUUGAUCCGAAAAAUGAUGCUAAAUUACAAUUGAAAGCACAAUCCCCCGAUGAAGCUGCCUUGGUGGGAACCGCAAGAGCUGUUGGAUUUGAAUUUAGUGGAUCAACUAAAAAAGGAUUGAUAUUAAAUAUUCAAGGUGAGCAAAGGGAAUAUCAAGUUUUGAAUACCUUGGAAUUUAAUUCUACCAGGAAGAGAAUGAGUUCGAUUAUCAAAAUUCCUGCCCGUGAAGGUAGCGGUGACGAACCAACAGCCUUGUUAAUUUGUAAGGGUGCUGAUUCUAUCAUCUAUGACAGAUUAUCCAAGACCAAAAAUGAUAAGACCUUGUUGGAAGUCACGGCCAAACAUUUAGAAGAGUAUGCAACUGAAGGGUUAAGAACUCUUUGUAUAGCACAAAGAGAAUUGAAAUGGUCACAGUAUGUUGAAUGGAAUCGUCGUCAUCAAGAAGCUGCUGCCUCUUUGGAUAACAGAGAAGAGAAGAUGGAAGCUGUAGCCGACUCUGUUGAAAGAGAAUUAAUCUUACUUGGUGGAACAGCUAUUGAAGAUAGAUUACAAGACGGUGUUCCAGAUUGUAUUGCCUUGCUAGCCCAGGCUGGUAUUAAGCUUUGGGUUUUAACAGGUGAUAAAGUAGAAACAGCCAUCAAUAUUGGGUUCUCUUGUAAUUUAUUAGGAAAUGAUAUGGAGUUGUUAAUUUUGAAAACCUCUUUAGAGGAGAAUGAAAGACAAAAAUAUGGAUUACCGAAUAGUAAACUCUCAGAAGGUGAAACGGUUGAUCUACUAAUUACUAAAUAUUUGUCGUUGUACUUUAAGAUGGAAGGGUCUCUCGAAGAAAUAGAUGCUGCUAUCAAGGAUCACUCCCCUCCAGAGGAUGGGUUUGGUUUAGUCAUUGAUGGUGACGCCUUGAAAGUAGCACUUUUAGACCCAGACACUAAGAGGAAAUUCUUAUUAUUAUGCAAACAAUGCAAAGCUGUACUUUGUUGUCGUGUCUCACCAGCUCAAAAGGCCGCUGUUGUGAAAUUAGUUAAGGAUACAUUGGACGUUAUGACUUUAGCCAUCGGUGAUGGUUCCAAUGAUGUAGCAAUGAUCCAAGCAGCUGAUGUCGGAGUUGGUAUUGCUGGUGAAGAAGGUAGACAAGCUGUUAUGUCUUCAGAUUUUGCAAUUGGUCAAUUUAGAUUUUUAGCUAAGUUACUAUUGGCACAUGGUCGUUGGUCCUACAAAAGAUUUAGUGAAAUGAUUCCUUGUUUCUUUUACAAGAAUGUGAUUUUCCCACUUGCAUUAUUCUGGUAUGGUGUUUACUGUGACUGUGAUGGAACAUAUAUGUUUGAGUUCACCUAUUUAACGUUCUAUAACUUGGCUUUCACGUCCUUGCCAGUUAUUGUCUUAGGUAUUUUGGAUCAAGAUGUGGAUGGAGUUGUAUCGUUAUUGGUACCUCAGUUGUAUCGUUCUGGGAUUUUAAGAUCCGAAUGGACGGAUACUAAGUUUUGGAUUUACUCGGCUGAUGGGUUGUAUCAGUCAGUUAUUUCCUUCUUUUUCCCAUAUUUAAUGUACAGGAGCGGAUUUACUGGUAUGAAUGGUUUACCUAUAGAUCAUAGAUUUUGGAUGGGUGUGAUAGUGGUCUGCAUAUCCUGUAUAUCCUGUAACUUGUACAUAUUGUUUCACCAACUCAGGUGGGAUUGGUUCUCAAGUUUGAUUACUGCGAUUUCCAUUUUGAUUAUUUACUUUUGGACUAUUGUGUGGUCCUCAGUGCUUACCAGUGCAGAAGAGUUUUAUAAUUGUGGUGUACAAUUAUUCCAAAAUGGACCAUUUUGGGCUUGUACUGCUAUUGGGAUUAUCGCUUGUUUAUUUCCAAGAUUCAUGUUUGAUUUUAUUCAAAAAAUGUAUUGGCCAAAGGACGUUGAUAUCGUUAGAGAAUGUGUGGCCAGAGGAGAUUUUGAUGUCUACCCUAGACUUUACGAUCCAACAGACCCAAAUCGUGCUAAGAUUUCUAAGUACUCGAGUGAUACAGUUGCUAGAAUGAGUUCAAGUAAGGAAUACAAAAAGUCAGUGACUAACCUGAUGGACAGCAUGACACUAAGAUCCAAUGCUCAAUCACCAAUACCACAAGGACAAAGCUCCGCAAUCAAUGAACCAAGAAGGCAAAGUACUGUAGGGUUUAGUUCAGAAGCGGUGAUUGGUGGCCCUGAAUUUCAAAAUGAUUUACCAAACGAAACCAUUAUUAAUCGCAAACACCAUCAUGGACACACUACUGGUAAGAAAAGUGUCAGUUCAACCAAGAGAAAAUCAGUUUUAGACAUAUUUAAAAGACAAUCCAAUGUCAAGUCAUACUAUGACAAUGGAUCGCUCAUCGACGGUUACAACUUUUCAAAUGAGACCCAAGAUGAUUUAUCAAAAGUACAGACGGAAGAAAUUCCACUAGAUGAGUUUGAUUUUGCUCAUAAUCAACAAAGAAUGUCAAGGAUUUCAAAUGAAAAUAAAAGGAUUUCUUAUGACGGACAAUUGCAAAGGAUAAGAACAUCAUUGGAACUUCCAGAGAUGGUGACCACGGAAUCGCUUGUUUCCAGAGUUACGGAAGCUCCUAGUGAAAAGGAUGAGGGAAAAUAA